AAUCCGCAACAUGAUUUGUAUCCUUCUAUGCAUUCGAGAUGAAUUUUUUUUUUGAAGAAAUUCGUCGUUACUCAUGUUUUCACUUUUAUUAUCUACAAUGUCCACCGCUAACCCCCACACAUAAAAACAUUUAACCGAAGCGUUACAUUCAUUGAACAAAAUUACAAAAACGAACGCAAAAAAAUAAUAAUCUAAACCCCGCAUUUUGGUCAACAAUUACAGUUUUGUCCUUUACCACAAUCAAUUCAAUCGAUCAAUCUUCGUCCUCAUGAUGAUUGACCUUCGCCAGCCCUAUCCCACGCCCGUCGGCGACGGCGACUCCACGACCGCGGCCGACGACAUCUCCAUCUGACAAACCCUCACCGCUCCAAUCAAUCUCUCCGGCAGCUCCUCCUCCUCCUGCGCCUCCACCAGGAACCCCAUAUCGAUCGUCACGCUCGUCACGCACCCCAGCGCGAGAUGCAGAAUCGCCGUCGCGAUUGCGGAGCUCGCGAUAUCGACAUCGAUCUCCAAAUAGUUGGGCCCCCGGUGGUAAUUGCAGGUGAGCGCCUUCCCCAGCAGGCACGCGCUGUGAUUCCCGACCGUCUUCUUCACCACCCAGGGCCCCUUCACGAUCCGAUUCACGAUCUUGAACCGCUGGUUCCGGUACUCGUCGUCGCCGUUGACGAAUUUGUGCAGCAGGCUCCCCGCGGGGAGCGGAUCUGGGGACGCGAAGUAGAAGACCGCGUUGUGCGGGUCCUUCCCGGGGACCUGGAGGUUCACGGCGAUGACGAAGGAUUUGAGCGAUUCCCCCUCCGAUUGGGCCCGGCGGAGGGCCUGGGAGACGCGGUUGUCGGGCCGGCCCAUGACGUUCUCGAGCUUGGUGGAGGCCCUGAUCCAGUCCAUCCCGGCGGGGGAGAGGAGGUAGUCGCCGCCGGGGGAUUUCUGUUUUUUGGUAAAGUAGUUUUUGGAGCGGAGGGAGAAGAGAUUACCCGGUGGCGAGGCCCAGCCGUUGGUUCCGGUCUCGAGGUCGACGUGGCGGAGGGUUCCGCCGUUGAUUGAUUCCGAGAUCCAGUCGGGUACGGUGGCGGCAUCAACGGUGGAUCUGGGCGAGGUGGAGGCGGAGCUCCGGUGCUUCUGUUUGGUUGGGGACAUGGUUUUUGUUUCUCCGAUUGCGGGUUUAUUUCUGGCGGUGGUGAGAGGGAGCGGAGGACUCUCUUUCCGUAUAAGAGAGACAAAGUGUCAGUGGCGACGGUGGGUUGGAUCUAAUAGGAUAUUUGGGGAAUAUUGGCCCUCGGAGUUGUGGGAAACUACGGAAACGCCAUUUCCAGCUCACUCUCCUUUUGGCCCUCUGUGUUUUUGCGGCUUGUUUUCAGCUAAUUUAUAUUAGUUAGUUUAUAAUAAGUAAAUAUA